AUGCACCUUAUGGAUGCUGGCGUACUAAAGUUCGUUUCUGAUUUAGUAUUCCAUGUGGCCAGUGUGAUGGAGGCUAUAAUCGACUUGGGCACGCAGAACUUUCCGAGUGGAACAAUCGAGCUAUCUCUACAAGAACGAUCGAUCACAGUGUUAAAUGCCAUAUCUGGCAUCAUGAAUGUACGAUUGAAAACGAGCUGGUUCUUAACAUCGAUUGAGCUGGGUACCUUCAUAGAUCUACAAAUGCGGGAACGAGGCAUGCCCCCGCCCAGGCUGCUAUCGAUAGUACCGCUCAUCGUCACCCAUCAUUCUGAUACGCAGCCGAAAUACAAUAUCGACACUGUCAAUGAAUAUAUUAUAAAGCGUGUACCUAUGUCAGUCCGCGACUUUGCUUCCGAUCCCCGUCUCAUCGUUAUCCGUUCCUCCGACGUCAACAUGUCUGCUGCUGAGGUCGAUGAGCUCAAAAGUGGUGUUCUAUCCUCACAGACGUCCUACGGGCUAGGGAAAGAAGUGAAGAUUCGUCCGGGGAUCGUGACAAAUGACACAGGGCUGGAACCGUGCAAGCCCAUUUUCAGCAGGAUCGUCUCUCUGCACGCUAAGAACAAUCAUUUGGAGUUUGCAUUUCCGGGAGGACUUAUUGGUAUUCGGACCAAGAUUGACCCCACGCUAUGCAGAGCGGAUGGUCUCGUCGGUCAAGUACUGGGAGCGAUUGCUGGAGAGGUCGUGCUUCUGAGGCGUAUCGAGAAGCCUAUCGGGGGCCUGUAG